CUUUGAAAAAGUAAAUAGAAAAGACGAGCCAAAAAAGUCUUCGACAUAUUCGUAUGGUUUUGUUGCAUCACCACGGUCUUCAUCUCCAUCCCAGAAUCUCGAUCGCCACAUCGCCCGAUUACAAUCGCCUCCGGAAAAGCCUUGACGAUGUGCUUUUGAGCAUGAGAUUUGGACUAACGCGAGAUCUCCCUCUGAAACGAUCAUCAUUCGCCUAUUAUUCCGGAUCUCGAGAACAACAGCCCAUCACCAUGGCGACCAAGGGCGACAAGACUUCGACGGAGGUGAAAGAAAAGGUAGUGGAGGAGAAGAAGAAGGAGGUAUCGCUCCCUCCGCCGCCGGAGAAACCAGAGGCUGGCGAUUGUUGCGGUAGCGGUUGCGUCCGAUGCGUUUGGGAUGUGUAUUACGAUGAGCUCGAAGAAUACAACAAGCUUACUGCUUCCGCUCCUGGAGAUACUAAAUCCAAUUGAUUGAAUUGCGUUGUUCUCUAUUGUUGUUAGAAAAAGUUAAAACAAUUGCUUUGUUCGAAUAAUAAAGACUGGUCAAGUACUGAUCGACCAUUUUAAACAA